AUGAUUUACCUGCUCCUUCUGGCCCUUCCCCUCCUGGGAAACUCAGUCCCUGUGAUUCGAGACAUGCUGGAGCCUAGGAUUGCUGGGGGCGAUGAUGCUCAGGAGGGAGAAUGGCCAUGGCAGAUCAGUCUGAGGAAAAAUGUUGGUGAUUUCUGGAUGCAUGUCUGUGGGGGCUCUCUCAUCCAUCCCAGUUGGGUCCUGACUGCUGCCCACUGCUUUCCUGGAUAUGGAAUGGAAAUUUCACAAUAUAUGAUCCAACUGAGGCGACAGAAUCUAUAUGAAGAUGACAACUUGGUACCCCUGGAAGAGAUCAUCAUUCACCCUUACUAUACUGAUUUCAUGGCAGGCUCUGACCUUGCCCUGCUAAAACUCCAGUGCCCUGUCCAGUUGAAUGAGAAUGUCCAAAUCAUCAUGCUCCCUGAAGCCUCGCAGAUCUUCACUCCAGACAUGGAAUGCUGGGUCUCUGGUUGGGGGGACAUUGGAUUUGGAGUUAUUCUUGAUAACAUGAUCUGUGCUGGUGAAGCUGGCAGGGGCCCUUGUCAGGGUGACUCAGGGGGAGCCCUGGUCUGUAAGGUGCAGGGCUGCUGGUUCCAGGCUGGUAUAGUGAGCUGGGGAGAGUUUUGUGCUGUUCCUCAUCGACCUGGCGUCCUCACUCGUGUCGCAGCCUUUGUGGACUGGAUCAAUCAGCACAUCCAGUGAUCUUCUGGCCCAAUUCCUCCUUGUCUUUCUUCAUCACAUCAUUACCUUCAGCCAUAAUUCCAGCCUCCAUGUCUUCUGGGAAACCAAUGGAACUAUUUCUUAAUCCUCCCCAUCACCCUGGACUCAUGCUGCCUUCUUCAAAUACCUCCUUCCCUGAGGUAUCUCUCCUUCUCUGCCCCUCUGAGUGCCCUAGAAGCUGCAGGGUACAGAGCAAAGUGCCCUGGACUAGGAGUCAGGACACCUGGCUUCUGGUGUUCUGCUGUACCACUGGCUGAUUGUGUGACCUUGGUUGAGUCCCUCCGUAUGAGUUUCAGUUUUCCCCUCUGCA